AUGCACAUAAAAAUCAGAUGGUGUAAAGGGAGCUCUCCUCAUUUUUCUCUUCUGUUCACUGAACUGUGUUCUCAUUAUGUUCUCUUCCAUCACAGAUCAAUGUGUGACAUGAAUUAGUGCAUCUCUUAUCAUUCCCUACGAUGCUCAGAUCAUGGACCAGGCCUUCGUCUGGAUACAGGCCCUUCCCCCCUCCACAGAUCCACAGAAAAUGUGCAUGCAGGGCUGCAUGCUGCUCUGUGAUUCCCACUGCAGUGGCAGCAAGUGGGCUUCUGCUGAUCAAUACUCAGCCUCAAUGUCAGCACCGCAGGGGGAGGAAGCAAUGCUGAUCUAACGGAUGGGAGGGUUAUUAUCCUGGUUGGCCCUGUGGCCCUUACCCGACUCCUGUCGUACUCUUUCCUUGAGGCCGAGAAGAGCUGGGCGUUGGAGAUCGCAAUUCCACAGAAGGGCAGGCAGAGGAGAUGAGAAAAACUGGACUAUAUUAUAUUCUGAAUCAUGAAGUGCCUUAAUCUGGACUUAGUUCUUGAAGACAAUAGUAAGAGGAUGAGCAGCCACCAGUGAGCGUGAGGAAGUGUCAGAGGAUGCUCCUGAUCUGUGGGGCCCAGUGCUGAGGGAGGUCCACAGAGCUGACCGGUGCCCACCAUGUCUCACCACCACCAACACUACCAGCGAGGCCCCCACGGCCGCACCAUGAGCUCUGAGGACAGGAGCUCCACGCCAGUCAACAAGACCUCCACGCCGGUUCACAAGAGCGCCUCCUCCUCCUCCUCUUCCCAGCGCGACAGCCGGCAGGAGGCGGACAGCUGGGAAAUAAUUGAGGGGCUGAAAAUCGGCCAGAGCAAUGUCCAGAGGCCCGAUAAGCACGAGGGUUUUAUGCUGAAGAAGAGGAAAUGGCCCCUGAAAGGCUGGCACAAGCGUUUUUUUGUUCUGGACAACGGUAUCCUGAAGUACUCCAAGUCCCCCAUUGAUAUCCAAAAAGGAAAACUUCACGGCAGCAUCGACGUCGGCCUCUCAGUCAUGUCCAUCAAAAAGAGAGCCCGUCGCAUCGACCUGGACACCGAGGAGCACAUCUAUCACCUGAAGGUCAAAUCUCAAGACAUCUUUGACGCCUGGGUGUCAAAGCUGCGUCACCACCGGCUUUAUCGACAGAACGAGAUUGUGCGAUCUCCCCGGGAGGCCACCAUGAGAACGUUUCCUCCCUCAGCCGCCAUGGAGUCCCCCCAGCCUGCCCCAACUGUGGUAAAUGAAGCCAAGCAGGCCAAACCGAGCAGCUUGCCGUGGCAGCCGGCGGCCCCCGAGAGCAGCAGCAACAGCAGCCUGCCUGCUUCCUACAGCAACGGACAGAGCAAGGUGGUGGCUUGGCUGCAGGAAUCAGAGGAGAUGGACAGGUGCGCAGAGGAGCUCGCACGCUGCCAGUCCAACCUGACUGAGCUUAGCCGCUUAUUGCAGAGUCUGGAGAUUCUACAGAGGACGCAGUCAGCGCCCAAUUUCACAGAUAUGCAGACCAAUUGUGUAGAAUUGUCAAAGAAAGAAAAGCGCUUGAACAGAAGAUGGAGAACAAAAAGUGUCGGCAAAGACGCAAAAUUCCAGCUUCAGGUCCCGCUGUCUGCCAGCAUGUCCCCCGUCCGCCUCCACUCGUCCAACCCUAACCUGUGUGCGGAGCUGGUGGACUUUCAGCCCCCCGUCUCCCGCCUGACGGACAGCGUAGAGUGUGCCAGCGACUACAUUAAACUUCAGGAGGAAUUCUGCACCAUUGCCCAGAAAGUUCACUCUCUGCUGAAGUCGGCCUUCAACACUGUGGCCAUAGAGAAAGAAAAGAUCAAACAGAUCCUGUCUGACCAGGAACAGUCGGACCAGUCAGCCCAGAUCAACUCUCUCAGGAAGUCUCUGUCGCAGGCCCUGUCCCAAAAUGCAGAACUUCGAACUCGACUCAACCGCAUCCACUCUGAAUCUGUCCUGACUGAACAAGUUGUCAGUGUGAACAUCAUCUCCACUCCUGACGAGGCCGUGGAACAGAUGGGGAUCCCUCUGACUCAGCAGGCCUCUAAUGAGAGCCGACUCUCCAUGUCAGAGUCUGUCUCGGAGUUCUUUGAUGCCCAGGAAGUGCUUCUGUCAGCCAGCUCGUCAGAGAAUGAGGGCUCAGACGAUGAGUCAUACGUGAGCGAUGUGAGCGAUAACAUUUCCGAGGACAACGCCAGCGUGACUGAUAACGUCUCCAGACAAAUGGCCAACGGAGACUUUGCUGGCUGUGCCUUCCGCAACGGGCGGCGCAUCUGCCUGCCGGCUCCCUGUCCAGACACCAGCAACAUCAACCUCUGGAACAUCUUGAGAAACAACAUCGGCAAAGACCUGUCCAAAGUGUCCAUGCCAGUGGAGCUCAACGAGCCGCUCAACACCCUGCAGCGUAUGUGCGAAGAGCUGGAGUACAGCGAGCUGCUGGACAAGGCUGCCGAGACCGAGGAUCCCUUUGAGCGCAUGGUUCUCGUCGCUGCUUUUGCUGUCUCAGGCUACUCAUCCACUUACUACAGAGCAGGAAGUAAGCCAUUCAACCCGCUGCUCGGAGAGACUUACGAAUGUAUCCGGGAAGACAAGGGCUUCUGUUUUUUCUCAGAACAGGUGAGCCACCAUCCUCCCAUCUCUGCCUGCCACUGUGAGUCUAAGAACUUCACCUUCUGGCAAGAUGUGAGGUGGAAAAACAAGUUCUGGGGAAAAUCGAUGGAGAUUUUACCAAUUGGAACUGUAAAUCUCAUGAUUUCCAGAUUCGGAGAUCACUAUGAAUGGAACAAAGUCACCACCUGCGUCCACAACAUCCUCAGCGGACGACGGUGGAUCGAACACUACGGGGAGAUCACCAUCAGAAACACAAAGAGCAGCGCUUGCCUCUGCAAACUUACCUUCGUCAAAGGAAACUAUUGGAGUUCGAAUGUGAACGAGGUUCAAGGAUUUGUGAUGGACCAAGAAGGGAAAGUGAUCCACCGGCUUUUUGGAAAGUGGCAUGAGGGCCUUUACUGUGGUGUUCCACCUUCUGCCAAAUGCGUCUGGAGACCAGGCUCCAUGCCCACAGACUAUGAGCUCUACUACGGUUUCACCAGAUUUGCCAUUGAACUGAAUGAGCUUUGCCCCGAGUUGAAAGACGUCUUACCUCGUACAGAUGCCAGAUUCAGGCCAGAUCAAAGGCAUCUGGAGGAAGGGAACUUGGAGAUGGCGUCCUCAGAGAAGCAGCGUAUUGAGGACAUGCAGAGGGCCAGGAGGAAGUGGAACGAGGAGAACAACAUCAAACUGGAGCCGCGUUUCUUCAAGAAAGUGGUUGAUGCCAAUCACAGGGAGAGGUGGCUCUCCAACAACACGUACUGGGAGCUCCGCAAAAACCCCGGCUUCAUCAACAUGGAAACCACCGUGAGCCUGUGGUAGCACACGUGUCCGUCACCGCAGAAGAAGAAGGCCGUUACCUAUGCACAAUAAAGUGUUAGGAGAAACAAUAGAACAUCUGUGUGCAUGGAUACGAACCACUGCAGAGCUGAGGGACAGCCUGAUGCCCAGCGACCCUGAUCGAGGCUCUGUGGCACUGCCGCUCGGUCAUCCAUCCAUGGAAACAUCCUGUAGGAUCACCUUCAUCGUGCUUGUUGAAGCUGGGUUGUCAGGGCAACAGUCUCACCACUCCUAUGUAGAUGUUUCCUCAGCUCUUUUGACUUCCGAGUAUGUCCUUGCCUUAAAAAGACACCCAUACGAGUCACAUGAUCAGUUGAAGCCAUUUAAUUUCUGACAGCAGUUUGGUUAGACUAGUCUUUGAAGUAGACCUUUUGAUUACCUACAUGCAUGUUUAGAGAGCAGCUUUCACCGGCAUAACGCCGUAUUUACUAUAUCAUCAAUUAUUGUAGAAAAAAAAGGUAUUUUUAUAAAAUAUCCUGGAUUCAGAAUUUAGUGAAAGAGAAUUAUGUGAAUUGGCAAAUUUUAUUUAUUUUUGCCUUUUAAUACUGUUGAAUCUGUGAGAUAGCAGUACUCUCUCCUGGGAAACAGCUCAUUCAAAAUUAAUCUCGACCGCAGUAGGGGAAGUAUUGGUUCCGUAGAUGGAAUUUUUAAUGAGUAAAUUUCAAAGCGGAACUAAGCUGAGGCAUGUGGUGGAAAGUGAAGUACAAUUUAAAUGUGAAUCCUGUCGGGGUGUUUUGGUGUAGUGUAAAUAGAGGGGCAACCCCAGCCUGAGCAGCCCUCGCCCUCCCCUGUCCCGCUAUCUAAUUUUAAACAUAGUUACAUGAGACUGACUCCUCUGAAUCACACAGUUACAUAAAUAAAUACAUAACUCCCUCCAUAUAUAGUGGGCAUGUGUUCAGCCUGUCUGCCUUUUUGAAUGUGCUGCAGAUAAAUCUGUUCAUUUCAGUGAAAGAAAUAGACUCAAACAUUUAUCUGAAUCACAGGCUGAAGCAAAAAAGUCGCAGGAGGUUGUACAGAUUGUAAAACCGACCGUGACACUUGGCCUUUAAAAACAGACUUUAUUUAGUAGUGAAACAUGAGUCAAAAAGUCACAUAUUUCCAUUACAAGAUCAAACGUUCAUCUGUUGUACAAAUAUAGAGCUGCAGGAUGCACUUAUUUUAAUCAUCAAAAAUAUUUAAUUAGUCAAUUUCUGCCAAAAGUAGUGAGAGAAUUUGACCAGUUUACCAAAGCCCAAAGAGAUUUUCUUGAAUUUACUCACUUGUUCUGAUAAACAUGCCAAAAUUAUCAUUUAGAAUAAUAUAAAACAACAAAAAACACCCUUGUUUGUGAAACUAGUACCAAAAAAUGUUUGGUAUAUUUCUUCAUAAAUUAUCCACAUUGAUAAUCAGUUAGAAAAAUCAUGAAUGCACUAUUUUUGAUUAAUUCUUUAAUUAAGAAAUUAAUUAUCUCAGCAUUCCACAACUCUGUCAGACUGCAGAGAGUUCAUUAUGAACCACCAGAGACACCUACAGGUUGACAUGUAAAAUACACAAAGUCAUCCGUAUCAAGAACAGAUUCCUGCUUUUGGUUCUUUCAGAUGUUUAAACCAAACAACAAUUACACCGCAUUAGGAUAAAAUUUGACAUGUUAAUGUGUCUGAUUCCCCAGAGAAUUUACUGCUAUAUCGUGGGCUUCUGCAAAGCACCACUCACUUAUUUGAAGUUUGUAUAUUUAAUGCAAAGCAGAUUAGCUUUAAUGUUUUAACUAGCGUUCCCCUUUUUUUUUUAUUUUACAGAGUAAAAUAAUAAACUGUACAUGGGGCCUUUGAAAGCAACCCCAACACACUCAAGUAGUCACACACUGUCUGCGGGCACAUUUGAGUUGAUUCUCGUUCAGGACUGCAGGCUGAGGACACUGGAGGAGGAAAAGAGCGAAUAUAAAUAUGUAGAGUGAAAACUGUGUGAAGCAAACCCAUCGUGUGUGCACUGUUCACAUGGUACUGUAGACUACAAACCAAAAAAGUAGUACUGCUUUGCAUUCAUGUACUUAAAAAAAAAAAAAAUCUACUUGUGUGCAUAUCAUUUUUAUUUUUCCCUGACUCACAGAACUCAAUGCUACAACUUACUGUCAGUGUCAGUUCCACUUGCUGUGCCUUAAUGCAUUUAUUAAUGCCUCACAAACACACAACUGAUGAGAAUCCCAUGCCAAGAAGAAGGUAUGCCAUUAACAAGUCAAACUCCACACAUUCUCCACACUCCACCUGCCUACAGAUGAUUAAACACACUGACAAACAGCAUCGAGGAUUUAACUAGUGGAUGGAAUAUUUUAAGGGAGAUUUCCUUGACAUUAGAAGAGUAGAAGAGUUUUAUCUGUCUGUAAAAUGCUUGCAGUGUUUCAAGAUGUUCUGCACUGCUCUGCUACUCCAACCUGUAACCAAGACAUUUUGGUGAUCACUAUAAAUACAGCACAUUUAUAAGAAGGGGCACUACUGCAAAAAUGUUCCCCCUCCUACAUCAGUGACUAAAUCACAGCAGUUGUGUGCAGAGGUAGGGGCAGUGCUUUGCAUAGUGUUUGGUAUCAUAGAGUCAGAAUGUAGUGGACAAAAAAAAAGAAAAAAAACCUCAAGCUUUCUUCAUCCAUCAUUCUACCUGCAUGUCUAGACAACUUAGCUUGCCAAUGAAUGUUGCAGAUGCCUUACAAAAAAAGGGUUUUCUUUUCUCAAUUGGACACAUUUUUUUUUGUUCGUUUUGUUUUGGACUGACAUGCAUCAUGGAGCACUAUGUCAGCUCAAAAAUCGAUUUCCUAAUGGGUACCUUCUAAAGUGCAAUUUUAACAAAGUACAUAUCUUUCAAUGAACACUGUACACUGCUGCUACAUAGUGCUUGUUCUAAUAAAACUGCAAAACUCAA